GUCAAAGUGAUACGAGUUAUUAUACACUGGUGGAUACGAAUACUGUUACAUCUAAACCUUGUGAUGUGCUUCAGAGGUCAAAUGAAUCUUUUCAGGGGAAUGAGGUUGACGAAAGUACCGCAGCAAGAACUGAUUUACACCAACAAAGAACAGAUUUAAAUUAUGGUAAUUCAUGUCAUGCCUACCAGCCUCCUCUAGAAUUGCAUCAAAACGAAACAGUUGAUCUCUCCUCUGUGAAUUGUCAUCGGAAUAGCGAACAAUGGAAGCAUCUAUUGAAAUCAGGGAUGGCUGAGAUGAACGCAAAGACGUCCUGUGGCAUAAGUAAUCAAAAUCCAGAAAUUCUAACUGGUGAAGUUCAACUGAACGAAAAUUUACCUCCUUUGACUAAUCCAGAUAUACCAGCCUAUCUGUCAUCAUUCUACUCUAAGAGUAAUGAAUGCUCUGAACAGCCAUUUUUGGUAAAUGAGGAAAAUUUGAAAACAAAUUUAUGGGAUAAUAAAUCAAAAAAUGCCCUGUAUAAUGCACAGCCGGAUCAAUCACCGCACAAAUACCUACAUCUUGAAUCAAUGAAAAUGGCAGCCGCUGCCUUUGCAUGGCAAGCAAGUAUGGCUACUAGGCAACAGUAUAAUAACAAUAACAAUAAUAAUAAUAGUAAUAAUAACGAUGAUUAUGUUAACUAUGAGCUGUUGUGGAAUCACUGUAACCCAGUUAAUACUGAAUGUUUAACACAAACAGGGAAUGAAGGAAGAAGUCUGGAGAAUAUUGAAAGUCAAAUGACUGAAUGGUAUUCAAAUUGUAAUGACUCUGUAGCAAAUACAAAUCAUAUGAAUAUUAAAUCCUCAUUCGAAAAUGUAAAACUACAAGGUGAAUACGCAUCAUUAUCCUCAGGUUCAUCAACUAGUGAAGAUUCUUCAGUGGGAUUAAAUGAAACAGAUUUCAAUUUGACCGCAUCAAGUCAAUCAUCAUCAAACAGAUUAUUAAAAUAUGAUCAACAAUUAUGUUGAUAUACCACAACAUUAGAAGCUAUCCAUAGAUGGAUAAGUGAAUAAAAUAUUAUUUUCUUUUUUCUCUCUUACUAC